ACAGGAAAUGACUGGACCUGCAUCUCGUGGCAUAUUCGUUGUACUAGAAGGUGCAGAUCGAGUAGGGAAGACAACACAAGCGUCACUUUUGGCUAAGGCUUUAUCAGAACUUACAAAGAAGCAGACAUUGUCCGUUAAAUUUCCUGAUCGUGACACACCACUUGGAAAACAGCUGGAUGCAUAUUUAAGUGGUGCAGGUGAAAUCAACAAUCAUGCACUGCAUCUAUUGUUCACUGCAAACAGAUGGGAAAAACAGGCUGAUAUUCGAAAGGCUAUCGCUGACGGGAUUCCUGUUGUAGCCGAUAGGUAUAUAUAUUCCGGUAUUGCAUACACAGCUGCUAAGCCAUCAUCAACACCUAACUGGGAAUGGUGCUGUGAAAUGGAAAAAGGUCUUGUGGCGCCAGAUUUAGUCAUAUGCCUAACUCCAGAUAAUAUGGAUUCAUUAAAUUCUAGAAAUGGUUACGGCAGUGAACGUUACGAAAAGGAUGAUUUUCAAAAACGUGUUCUAGAGAAUUAUGUUCGUAUUUCUAAAGAGGUUCAGCUGGAGAAUAGUAAUAUAGAUACUAAUGAUGAGGACAACGAUUCAGUUGGAUUUUGGCAUUUUGUACAAGCAACGAAUAAGUCGGUGGAUGAAGUACACCAGUGUAUUAUGUCACUUGUUAAAUCAAAGCUGGAAAGUAUGAGUGGUCCAGAGAUACAUGAUUGUACGAAAGAAACUAACUGAUUUGUUUUUAUUCAGCCAUGUAAUUUUUAACACCAUUUUUGGUAUGAUUCGUAAUAUAUACACUCUUUCUAAUCAAAGAA